CGGGUAUUGUACAUAAACAAUCCCGCGUGCGUGGGAAAGGUCUCUGCGACUUUAUAGUAUUGUACGUAUCAUAUAUAAUGUAAUAUGACGAGCCGUAUACUGUGUUUGCAUGUUUUGCGUGCCACCGUCUUGCGGUGUAUAUAUUACUGUGUUUGAGCGCAUGACUAUGUCAAAACAUGCAAUAUAACCACGGCGCACUUCAAGAGCAAUUGCAUGACAGCGACGUUUCCGAACUACAGCAUAGAGAUCGACAUCAUAAAUCUACAGCACACGAUUCUGUUCAAGACGUUGUCAACGGCGGCGGCGGCGGUCCCGGCUUGCGGCACACAAGAGAAGUGGGGUGGGGCGACCCAGGGGCCGGCAGGGGAGGACAAAGAAACGAUCGUGACUUCGACAGGUUAAGAACUGCGUGUUUGAAAAGAAAUGUAUUAUACCAGGACCAGGAGUUUUUGCCGUGCGAUACAUCAUUGUACUACAGUCGCAGGCCGCCGUAUCAGUUUGAAUGGAAAAGACCAUGGGAAAUUGCUAAGCUGUUCCAAGCCAGGCCUGGCUUCUUUGUUGGAGGUAUCGAAAGGUUUGAUGUCAUACAAGGCAGUCUCGGAGACUGCUGGUUGGUUGCUGCCAUCGCCUGCUUGACAGAUCCUGAUUAUCGGGAACUCUUCUUCAAGGUUGUCCCUGACAACCAGAGUUUUGAAGAUGGAUGGUAUACUGGGAUAUUUCAUUUUAACUUUUGGCACUUUGGAAAAUGGCAGGAAGUCAUCAUUGAUGAUCUGUUGCCAACAUACAGAGGUUACCUCCGGUUCAUGCAUUCAAAACAGCAGUUUGAAUACUGGCCAGCGUUACUGGAGAAAGCAUACGCAAAACUGUAUGGAUCGUACGAAGCCCUAAAAGGUGGUUUGAUGACAGACUCACUAACGGACCUCACAGGUGGACUGACAGAAUCCUACUACCUGAGAGGAAAGAAUACCAAUGUCCCACGCAAUAUCGUCAAUAUUCUCUUCAAGGCUUUAGACAGACAGUCUCUUAUUGGAUGUGCAAUAAAUCCUCUUGAUCCACAGUCUGGUGUACAGGAAUCAAAACUGAAAAAUGGACUUGUAGCUGGUCACGCAUACAGUGUAACUGAUCUAAGAGAGAUUCAGAUGAAGUCUGACCAUGGUCAAGGUCACAUCACACUGAUUCGAGUUCGCAAUCCAUGGGGAAACAAAAUUGAGUGGAAUGGACCGUGGAGCGACAGAUCCGCUGAAUGGCUGAGUAUUCCAGUACAUUUACGACAGAGUAUGGGCCUCAUUCAGAGAGAUAAUGGGGAGUUCUGGAUGGACUUCCGUGAUUUCCUUCAAAACUUUGAUGUUCUGGACAUCUGUAACCUCUCGCCCAACACAAUGGCAGACAUGCCUCGUCAGUGGCACGUGGUCGAGCAUCAUGGGAAAUGGCAGAAAGGAUUCAACGCUGGAGGACAACCAUCCAGAUCAGACACCCAUUGGAGUAACCCUCAGUAUUUUGUUAGUCUCCAGGACACUGAUGAAGAUGAUGACAAUCACUGCAGUUUUAUCAUUCAGCUCAUGCAGAAAGACAGACGCAAAAUCAAACAGAAAUCAAAACAAUUUCUACAUAUUGGAUUUAUCAUUUACAAGUAUUCCAGAUCUUACUCCAUGCCACUGGGGAGAGACUUCUUUGACUACAAUCGUUCUGUUGCUAGUUGUGAUGCAUUCACCAAUUCACGCCAGGUUGUCAAGCGACUUGCCAUGAAGCCCGGAGAGUAUGUAGUCAUACCGUGUACGUACGAGGCUGAGCAGGAAGCUGACUUCUACAUCAGGUUCUUCUUUGAGAAGGGAAAUGUUGCUGAGUACUGUGAUGAGAAGCCAACGAGAGUGGACAUCCCACUUCCUGAGCCAUCCAAUGAGUACAAGGAGCAACAAGAAAGGUUCAAACAAUUCUUCUACAGAGUGGCUGGAGAGGAUAUGGAAGUGAAUCCAUUUGAGUUAAAAAUUGCCAUUGAUGAAGCACUGCAAAAAGAGCCUCUUCACAAAGACAUCAGCAUUGAUGCCUGUAAGAGUUUUGUUAACCUGAUGGAUGUAGAUAACUCUGGAAAGCUGGGCUACACAGAAUUUUCCUACCUUUGGAACCACCUCAGGAGCUGGAAGAAAGUGUUUUAUCAGUUUGAUAAGAAUCAGUCUGGAAAGAUGAAUUCGUAUGAACUACAGAAGGCAAUUCCAGCUGCAGGAUUUAAAGUAAACCACAGUGCCAUGGCAGCACUCAUUUUCAGAUUUGCUGAUCAAAGUCAACACAUUGAUCUCGACAACUUCCUCAUCUGUAUGGCAAAACUGAUGAAACUUUUCAAUGUAUUCAAGGAACACCAGCAAAAAGACCAGGCUGUAUUUUCCCUUCAGCAGUAUUUGGAAACAUCUCUUUAUGUUGGUUAAUAGACUGUCUUGGAAUAAAUUUACAAAUUUGGUGUUGUAAAGACCGACUUGAAAAACUUAGAAGAAUGGUUCCUGUAAUAUAAUUUGUUUUUGCUUAUUUAGUAUAAACGAAACAUUGAUGAAUUGGUAAUGUGCUUAAUUAGAUACAUAUAGAAUAUUACACGUGUUUUCUCUACAUAUAAUUUUUAUAAAAUGAGUGAACUUCCUAUGAUGGUAUCUGAUCGAAUAAACACGAGGUCAGAUGCCAUGAGAAGUUAACGAGUUUCAUAAAAAUUAUAUCUAGCGAAAAUGAGUGUGGUAUUUUAUUUAUUACCCACCCACCUUCUAAUAAUGUAAAAUUGGACAAUCACUUGGUGGUGCAUUUGAAGUGUGUACCAUACACCAAGACAUUCAUCAGUUGGAUAAUAAAGAGUGAUAUUCUUAAUUACUAGAAGAAAGGAAAGCAAUUAUAAGCACAGUGUUUAUCAGUUGUUAAGUCUUAUGUUUUGAACAGUAAAAUCUACUCCUGUCUUGUGGUUUAUUCCUUCUAAUUGCAAGAAUGAAAUAUCUGUGGAUUUUUCCAGAAUUCUGGAUUUUAGUGCUCAUGUCCAGUGUCAUUUCAUCCCUGUAAAAAGCAGCAAAGGAAAUUUGAUAUGCACUUUGCCACAGCCAAGACAUAAUAACUAAAUAAACUCUUACACAGCCACAAAUGUGAGAGAACAUUAGAUUAUAGACACAUAUUUUUCUAACCUUGUUGGUUGUCAAUUUAAAAUUUGAAUAGUUGCACAGUUUUUAGGGUUUGUUUUGUAUUGUUUUUACACUUACCUACAGCAAUCUACUUACACAGACUGGAUUGACAGUGCUAUAAAAAUAUUUCCCCUUCAGAUUUUAAUUUGCUACUUUUUUCUAUGCUGCUGUUUUUUUCAGAAUAAGUAUAAAGUUUGCAGUAUGAUUGUGUGUGUGUGUGUAUAUAUAUAUAUAUAUAUAUAUAUAUAUAUAUAUAUAUAUAUAAUAUAUAUGUUUAUAACAUUUGUAUUGACCAACAAAUCAAAUCAAAUUUAUCAUUAUAGAAGUCACAUUUUGUUACUAAUGCACACAAUCAUUUUUAAUUUGUAGAAACACUAGUAAUUAACUAGCAGAAAGUAGGUAUGUAUAUGUGCACAAUGAUAUAAUGUUAUGCCUGGCUGUCUGCCAGUGUAUCUAUUUAUGUAGUUUACUUUAGACAUGAUUACACAUGAAUGACCACUGAAUUAAAUUUAAUAAGAUUCUAUGAAUUCUAGAAAAUAUUUGUAAUUUAAGUCAAUAUUUUUUAGUGGUCCCUACAAUAUUGGUACAAGACUGUUUGACUAUAAUAGUUAGGAUGUUUGAUAAUGAGGUGUAUUAAGGGAGGGAAUUGAAAAUAUGAAUGUUCAUGGAAAUAAAUUUUAAAAUAUCUUCAGAGUACAGUAUAACUAUUUUCCUUUUCUGAAAUGUUUAACUGAAAGUUGAUAGGUUUUUCUACUUGGUUCUGGUACACCUUUUACGUAACCAUUUCCAAUUAAGUUUUAGACACAUCUGACAAUGUUAUCAGUUCUGAUUUUAUGCCAGAAAUCCUGCCUUAUAAUUUUAUUAAAAACAUCCCUCAGUGUAUUGUCAACAAAAUACUUUACUUGGUUGAAGAAAACUUAAACUGAAAUAUACCAACACCCUUUAACAACUGAAUGAGCUUGCUUGAUAUACUAUAUAUGGAAGACCUUGACAAACAUUCUUGGUGUGAAUCUAUGCAACAUUGCUCAAAGUGUGUAUUUACUGCAAUUAUUGAGGAUUUUAACCAAGAUGCAUUUUUAAAUAAUACUAUUGUAGCUUUGUUAUUGCAUGUAUAUAUACAAUUCAUAAUUUUAUCACACUUUUUAUUUGUUUUUGUAUAAAGUAUUUAAUUAUUUACAUUCUUUUUCUACCACAUUUUAUUUCAAUAGUCAAGAUAUUAUGACAAAAUAUGCACUAUUAAUGCAAAUGAAAACUGUCUCGAAACAAGGGAAUAAUUUAUGUUUAUUAAUAUAAUUCAUAUUUUUAUAUACAAUAAUAGCAUAAAAGAUUGUGUUUUUUAAUUCUGUAAGCAAUAAUUAAAAGGUUUAGUUUUGUGGUUCUAGUAGUCAUAUUUUAUCUUAUUUUAAUAUAUUUUUUUUAAAAAAUCAGUAUAUAUGUAUAUACAUGAGUAUUUGUGUUGUGGGACGGUUUCAGGAGUUAAACCCCAUUCUAACCAGAGCAAAUGUUGGGGUUUUUUAAUAUGUAUUGUAUAAAGUCCCUAAAGGACAGAUACUUUGUUAGAUAUCAUUGAUGCUUAUCAGGUACCACUGUCUAGAACAGUCCUUGCAAAAACAUUCUAGCACAUGUGCCUGAUAAAGUAUUUUAUGUCUGCUGGUUUUGAUGAGGUUACUUAUAACUUGUAAAAUUGUUAAAAGCUACAGAUCAAAAUACCUGUAUUACCGAGCAGAAAUACACAAAAAUUAAGAAGUGUUUAAAUAUUUAUUAACAACUUGAUUUUGUUGUUAAGAUACAUGUAUUUGUAUUUUUCAUAUUGUUAUACUGUUGUGUUGACAUUACAUCACAAAACAAAGAUUUAGUUUUUCAUUGUUGGAUUUUACUUGUAAUAUUUCAAUUCUGUCUUUCAAAAACUGGAAUGAUAUAAAAUCUAAUAUUUUUGUUCUAUUUGUUUUAGAAAAAUAAUAAAUUUUAUAAAACAUU